AACAAGGUUAGCCUGAACAUGGCGGAGACCAGAGUCACGUUGCAUGUUAAAAACUCUUUAUUUUUUGGCCAAUUUCAGCCUUAAAAGAAAAAAAGGUUACGAAUAAUGACGGUGAAAUAAAAGUGAUCUACAGAGGCCAGGAGUGGGCUCGGGAAACAACGGCGAGAGUUGAAUGUUGGGAGGAAAAAAAAAGGAAAAAAAGUGUGUGUUUCAAAAAGAGACUCUCUGUCGUGCUUAGACACCGGCAAGGCCUCCUCAUUCUCCCUCUGCUUCUCCUCCUCCGUGUGUGCCUCUGAAAGCUGAUUAAAGAUCAGGCCAGGAAGGGCCAGGUUUAGGGAAACAGGAAGCCUGAUGCGGGGAAGCGGCCCACGUCACCAGCCACACACCCACCCAACCACCCCCUGCUUGCCUCCACUAAAAGUGAAAUCCUGAGCCAGCGCAAGAGUAUGGACUCCUUGCUCAAGUCCCCGAUGAAACUUGUACUUUUAACAGCAUGGGUCUACGGUGCGGUGAAACUGUGCCGCGCUGACAACUGCCCCGAAUGUCACUUGCUGGCGGUGUGCGAAUCCCACAGCGGACUGAGGGGCUGCUACUGCAGACACGGAUACACCGGCGACGGCAUCAAGUUUUGUAACGACGACAACGAAUGCAACGGGACCAAUAUCUGCGGGGAGUGGGCGGGAUGCACCAACACCGACGGCAGCUACAACUGCACGUGCGUUCCCGGCUACCAUUCCACUGGGCUGAACGGCAGCACAGAUUGCACCGACAUUGAUGAGUGCGAGGCGGCACAGCGGUGUGGCCCGUAUUCCAACUGCCACAACACAAACGGAUCUUUCUACUGCACCUGCCAGCGGGACUUCAGCCCCUCCAAAGGGCCCGCACACUUCCAGCCCGACAACGGCACACACUGCCGAGUGCACCCUCAGAAAGACUGCCAUGACAGCGCCGGGUGCCUCACACAGACUGUCAACAGAACUCUUGAAUACAUCGCCAACUUGACGGAGCCCAGGAGCAUGCUGGGAGAGAUCACGGCGAAGACGUCCGGAGACCUGACCUCGGUGGAGGUCAUCUCGUACGUGGAGGCCUUGUCUCGCUCGGCCUGGCGCUUCGAGGGGAAUCAUGCCGUCAGCGAGCCCAGUGCUGUCAACGCCACUCUCACUCAACUGGUGGCGGCGGUGAACAACCUGGUGGAGAAGGAGGAGCUGGUGGCAUGGAGCCGGAUGGCAGAGGAGCUGAGGGAGAACACCGUGACCAAGCUGCUGCACGCGCUGGAGCAGAGUGCCCUGGCUCUGGCCCGGGGCAGCAGCGGCCCCACCCAGCUGGACAUCAGAGCCAGUGAGAUGGAGUUGAAGGUGGUGACGUUCGACGCCGAUCAGUCCCAGGAGCCGCUGUCUGUGUCCCUAAGUGGAGAUCUUAUUAAGAUUGAACCCAAAGAUGGUCUGAAAGACCGCAGUAAUGGAAGCGUCUCGGUGGUGUUUGUGCGAUAUGACAGCCUCGGUGACAUCCUGAAGCCCAGUUCGGACCCGGGAGUCACCGACUACUCGCGCUAUGCCGGAUCGGGGGAAAUCACGGUCCACUCCCAGGUGGUCGCGGCCGCCAUCAAACCUGCUGACGUCUACCAACUGGAACGCAUCACCCUCACUCUCUGGCACAACGAGCCUAUCGACGUGGACGCCGACGUGACCAAGUGUGCCUUCUGGGAGUACGACCCGGACACCCUGCAGGGCCACUGGGCCACCCACGGCUGUACGAGGGAGCAGGUCAACAGCACCGCCACCACGUGCUCCUGCGACCACCUGACCCACUUCGCCAUCCUUAUGUCCUCCGGGCGGGCCAACCUGGUUGCCCACUCCAACGUCCUGAUGCGCAUCACCCAGCUGGGCAUGGUCAUCUCCCUCAUCUGCCUCUCCAUGUGCAUCUUCACCUUCUGGUUCUUCAGCGGGAUCCAGAGCACCCGCACCACCAUCCACAACAACCUCUGCUGCAGCCUCUUCAUGGCCGAGUUCAUCUUCCUGGUCGGCAUCAACAUGAACACACACAAGCUCUUCUGCUCUGUGAUCGCCGGGCUGCUCCACUACUUCUUCCUGUCUGCGUUCGCCUGGAUGUGCAUCGAGGGCAUCCACCUGUACCUCAUCGUGGUGGGGGUCAUCUACAACAAGGGCUUCCUGCACCGCAACUUCUACAUCUUCGGCUACGGCAGCCCCGCCGUGGUGGUGGCCAUCUCCGCCGCGCUCGGCUCCAAGUACUACGGCACCGAUAAAGUGUGCUGGCUUAGUACAGAGAACAACUUCAUUUGGAGUUUCAUUGGGCCCGCGUGUCUGAUCAUUUUGGUAAAUCUUCUCGCUUUCGGAGUCAUCAUCUACAAAGUUUUCCGACACACUGCUGUGAAAAAGCCAGAGAUCAGCCAUUAUGAAAAUAUCAGGUCCUGUGCCCGCGGGGCCUUGGCCCUCCUCUUCGUGCUGGGGGCCACCUGGACGUUCGGCUUGCUCCACAUCCUCCACGAGACCACCCUCACCGCCUACCUGUUCACCAUCGCCAACACCUUCCAGGGCAUGUUCAUCUUCAUCUUCCUCUGCGUCUUGUCAAGAAAGGUUCAAGAAGAGUAUUACAGGCUUUUCAAAAACGUUCCGUGCUGCUUUGAAUGCCUGAGAUGAGCCAUUGUGAUCAAGUUCAACACUGCAUUUAACUGAACCUUUACCAAAACCAGUCUUGUUGCAUAAAAGGAUAGCACCGGGUAUAUAAUGAAAGACAACUAUGUCAUACAGAAUUCUAUGAACUGUUUUUCAUGGUUUCAUGGUGUUUUUAUUUGAAUCAUUUUCCAAAUGGCUUACUUUCUUUCGCCUUUCUAUUCAAUGUUAUGCAAUACAGCUGUAAUUGUUGUCAUGGUGAUCCGGUUAAUAAAUUAUAUUUGUGUCACAUUUGAAAUCUUCCCACGUUUUGCAAUUUUUUAUGGUAAAUUAUUUAAAUAAAAGUAAUAAACUAGUGUGUUUUAUUUAUUGUUUUCUUCAUUUGUGCAUGUACAUUGGAUCCUUGUACAUUGUACUUUUUGUCUCACCUAGGCCCUAACUAACGGCUAACGGUGUAGCUGAAAAUCAUUAAUUCUGGUAAGAUAAAGUAAAGAUCUAGCAUCAAAGAUGUCUCCAAACAAGAGAACCUGCAACUAAACUCUUAAGGUAAAUGGCUCCAUCUAGUGGAACAAAUGAGGUGCGCUUCUAAAAUGAGUUUUCUAACUAUUUGUGUUUUUUGCAGUUGCACGGGGGUUCCGGGGGUCCCCCCCCCCAGAAAAUGUUGAAUUUGGUAGAUUUGAUUUCCUGUAUUCUUUUGCAUUUUGGGGAUGGCCUUACCUAUUAUAUUCAUUUAGAUUGAUAGCCUACAUCCUGACUUGGAAGGCAUGGACAAGCUUACACUGUAUAUACAGACCAACUUUAUGGCCAUUCCACCAGCCAUUGCUAUUUGACCCAUUGUUGUUAUUCUGAUACUGAAACAAAUCAUGACCGUUUUUUUGUCUAAAUGUCUACUUCAAAUGCCGUUAGAAAUAUGGGACGGUUGCUUCAUUUUGUUUAUAGGCUACAGGCCGAAAGACUGAAUUUAUAUGCAACUUACUUGCUCCUUUUGAGUUUGCUUGGGGAGUCCAAUUCCUCCACUGAAAUGGGUGGAAAGUUAUUACAACUCUGCCAGUUAGCGAUCUAUCUCUUCUCUACAUGUGUUACGCGAAUGCCGUGGAGGGAGGUAGCCUAUUUGAUUGAUUCGUUGAAUUGUCCAAUCAAGGAAAGCGAUAUCCUGGGGCGCACACUAGUGCGCCCCGAGGGUGAAUGUUCUUGCGUGAAAGAAAAGCUGCGUGAAAAUUUACGAGCUUACUUUGAUUGUGUGUUCCUGAAUCCUCGGACGCCAGCCUUCUGAGUCGGAAAUCUCCCAGCUUUCUUGCUGCAUUUCUCGGAGGCAAGCCCCCUUUUCGUCUUAAAGGUCCCAUGACAUGCCAGCAGGUGUGGUGUGUUUAGU